UAUACCUUAUAGCAAUGUUUUGAAAACACUCAUUCACACAUCUUUCUUUAUUUUGACUGACAAACAAGACUUGCAAAUCGUUGGUUAUAGAACAACAUCAUUUAGUAAGCCACAAAAGAAAUACAAAUGAAAAUUGGGGGUGGACUCAAACCAUGCAGUAGCCUGGGAGAGAAACAGAAUAGGAAUAACCUUAAAGCAAGCGCAUGUGUAUAGUGUUGUGGAGGUGAAGAGAGUGUCAGACAGGGUCAUCGGUGCAUAUUUUCACAAAUUUGAUGUCAGAGGAAUGAAGUGGUAGAAAGUGUCCUUUGGAAGGAGGAGUAUAGGAAACGAAGGUGGGAUGAGGAGGUGCUGAUAGCUAUGUUGUUAAAGAGAACAAUACUGAAGGACAGAUGGUAGAUUUUGAGAGAAAGAUGGAAAUGGCUGUGGUGAACACAUUUGAGGAAGACGGAGGAACACAGGGUGACAUAAAAGUGGAUGAAGGUGCACACAGGUGGAAUUUGCAGGUGCAGUCUGAAAAUCUAAAAUAACUCUGGAAAUCAAGAAGAGCAAGAGAGUGAAGAAAGAAGCAAGAACUGAAUGGGGGAAGCUUCGGAAUAAAGAAUGAUGUGCAGAGUUCAGGGAAGAAAUGAGACUCUGUAAAAUCAGAAACAGUGUAUUGGUACUAAUUUUCAGUGACAAGGGUGAUGUGCAGAAAGUAUAGAGGUAUAAAGCUGAUGAGCCAAACCACGAAGCUGUGGGAAAGAGUGAAGCUAGGUUAAAAAGAGAGGUGGCUGUCAGUGAACAGCAGCACGGCUUCAUGCCAAGAAAGAUUGUUUACUUUGAAAGUGCUGAUAGAGAAGUAUAGAAAAGGUCAGAAGGAGUUACACUGUGUCUUUGUGGAUCCAGAGAAAGCACACGAUACAGUGCCAAGAAAGGAACUGAUAGCGCAGGUGGAAAAGUGAAGAUGCAAGGAGUAGAAGUAGUAGUAGAGAUACCUUGGGUCAACCAAAGUAACAGACGGUGCACAAGACAAGAAGAAGAGUGCAUGCAGGGUGGAGUGAGUGGAGAUGACUGUCUGAGGUGAACUGUGAAACCAGCUCUCAUGUAUGGUUUAAAGAUGGUGGCACUGAUAAAAAGACAGGAAGUGGAAGUGGCAUCAGAGUGGAUUUUCAUCAGGAGGGACCAGGAACAAGAUUAGAAAUGAGUCCAUCAGCUCAGGUUGUUCAAUUAGGACAUAAAGUCAAAGAUGCAAGGCUGAGAUGGUUUGGACAUGUGCAGAGGAGGGAUAGUGAAGAUAUUGGACAGAGGAUGUUGAAGAUGGAGCUGCCAAGCAGGAAAAAAAGAGAAAGACCUCAGCUCAUGGAUGUGGUGCAAGAGGAGCUGCAGAGGGUUGUUGUGACAGAAGAGGAUACUGGGGGCAGGAUGAUUCACUGUGAUGACAUAUCAGGGAGCAUCUUCUAGCACCUUUGACUCAAAUAACAGAGACAACAGUCUUAUACCAAUAAACAUUCAGUCGUGUGGAGCCCGGCCAAACAUCGAAAAUGCUGUAAUUGUGGAAGAAGGUCCAAUGUAUUUGAAAUACCAGUGCAAUGGCUUUUACAAACUAGCUGGUCCAGACACCGUGAAUUGUUACAGUGAUGGUAGCUGGUCUGCACUACCUACUUGUGAAGGAGCCGUCUGUGUGGUGGAUCCUCUUAAAGAAGAUGGUUGGCUUGUAAUAACUAAACCUGAAUACAUCCAAGAAGGACAAGAAAAAUAUUUUUCUUGUAUUGCAAGACGGACAUAUAUCUAUAUUCGGUGCAAUAACAGAAGACUGUCUGUGACCAGAUGUUGUACUAAAUAUGAAUAUCGUCAUAAUGAUGAUUGCAGAAGAUACAGAGAACCGUUCGGACUAAUUUUCUGAAACACUUCAGCCAGAACCUGCAGAGCAACAAUGAAACAUGUUUCUUUUCUUUGUACAGUUUUGGGGCUGAUUGUUCUUUAAACACCAAACUGUCCAUAAAUGAUUUGAACUUUUCAUGCACUCAGUACAUGAUGUGUACACUGAAUCCAUAAAGUGUCGAUGGCUGGCUGAGGUCUGAAUAAAAUGUUUCAUCAUCAGA